CAAUUUUACUCGCGUGAGUUACUCCACAGUGAUCAGAGUAAACAACAAUUUAUUCAGCCUGAUCUGCAAGCACUUCCCUCCGCCCAGCAAUUGAUAGCCCCGAAGGCAACCGGCGCCUAAAAUUAACAUUCGUUGUGGCUGGCGUAAACCUUUUUGCACCACCGGACUGACGUUCCAUUUGUGUUCCAAUUCCUUUUACUAUUAGCAUUUAAUCAUUCUACCGAAUACAUGCGCAUCAUAGCCCGUAAGAAACAAAAUUCGAGUUUCUAUAUCACUCUCAACGAGGAACGGUAUUGGUUUCCUGGCGACUGUCUUCGCGGCAAAGUUACAUUGCAUUUGUCGAAACCUUGUAAAACCACCAGUAUACGGGUAUGCUUGUGGGGAAAAGUCACUACCAUUAUCAAGGACAGGAAGGAAGAGUUCCCUUUAUUUCAAAAAGAGAUUGUUGCCUACCAUAUGCCCGGUAGUAAAUCUUCUGUUCUCGACGCCAAAGUCCAUUCAUACCCAUUCGAGUUUACCAUUCCGUCUGACCUUACGCUCCCAAGUUUUACCGAGAAUGAUUAUCCUGAAGGUUCCGUCGUUUAUGCAAUCCAGGCUAUUCACGACCGGCCGUUUGUAGCGGACAUUAUGGCUCAGAAAGCUCAGCUUCAUAUUCCUUUGCUGGAAAAAAUUGAUGUUACGUCGCAGCAAUUUCAAAUCCCCCAGGAAACUGAAGGUUAUUGCCACUUCGAUGAUGCACUACCCGAUGACUUCAGACGACAAGUUGCACCUGAUGCUGGCAUGCAGGCGACAAUCAAAGCGACCAUACCUCGUAUCGCUUACGUUCGAGGUAAGAAAAGUCUAAUCAUAUACCUUUUUGCUCCAAAAAGCCAUGAUGUCAGCCCAGUGCGGUUAGGCAAAUGACUCAUCCUUUUUUUCACUGAAAAUUAUGUAGGCGAGACUAUACCUGUACAGAUAUUGAUUCAACACAUAUACCCAUUUGCACGAAUCGGGGGCCUUACCAUUUCAUUAUGUCGAGCAGCGUUGUUUGUUAACGGCAACAA